AUGGCUCUGCUAGCAUGGCAUAAACCCAUCCACAGAAACAGUGAAAAAGCUAUUGCUGUGCUCACAGCUAAAUUGGAGUCCACUAAAAUCAGUGAAACCAACUGGAUUCUUGGAAUAAUCUGCAGAAAACCUAGCUUGAGGGUGGCUGUGGAUGGACAUCUUUUUUGGGUAAAGGAUCUGCUCUUGGCUGGAGGAGUGCUGUUUGCAGAGGAAGAUGCUGAGAGAAUACUCAAGAUAAAGUCAUUAAAUCCCAGAGUGGCAGAUCAAUGGCAAUGUACUUCUGUGGUGAAAGGUAAGUUCUCAGUGAAGAAAGCUUAUACAAACUUCCUAUCAGUCAAGGUGGGGCACAGGUUAGUAGCUGAAUCUAGUGGUUUAAAGUAA